AGCCCCCCCAUCACCAUGCACACCCAACGCAACACCCUUACCUCAUAAUCUUCCUUCAUCCUCGCAUUUUCUUCAAAAUACCCAAAAUACCCCUCAACAUGGCUAACCAGGAGCAGCACCGCGGCCUCUUCAACCAGGACAGAGACGAAGACAAAUCCUCAUCCUUCUCUCAGUCCGGUUAUGGAGAUCAAGGCCGCACUGGUGGUUACGGCGACUCCACUGGUUACUCUUCUCAAGGACGUGCCGGUGGUGGUGGCGGCGGCUAUGGCGACAACACGGAUUACACCGGUGAAGGACGUCGUACUGGCGGAGGAGGCUACGGCGGCAGCACUGAUUACUCUGGUGGUGAAGAGCGUCGUGCUAGUGGAGGCGGCGAUGGCUACGGCGACAGUUACUCUGGUGAAGGACGUCGUACCGGUGACGGCGGCUAUGGAGACAGCACUGAUUACUCUGGUGAAGGACGUCGUACCGGUGGGGGCGGCGGUGAUUACAGAGAUAGUUACUCUAGUGAGGGACGUACUGGAAAUGUCGGUGGCUACGGAGACAGUUACUCGGAAGGAGGACACGGCGGCCGUGGCGAGACCACUGCUUACUCUUCUGAUGGGCCCCGCGGCGGACGGUACAGCGAGACGUCUGAAACCUAUGGGUCUAGUGACUCUGGAGACUACAAGAAGCAGGAGAAGCACCACAAACAUCUCGAGGAACUUGGGGAGCUAGGUUCUGCUGCUGCUGGCACUUAUGCAUUGUAUGAGAAGCACGAGGCACAGAAAGACCCAGAGCAUGCUCGCAGGCACAGGAUAGAGGAGGAGAUUGGUGCAACAGGGGCAGUUGGUUCGGGUGGGUAUGCCUUCCACGAGCAUCAUGAGGAGAAAGAGUCAGAGAGAGAAGAGGAAGAGUCACAUGGAAAGAAGCACCACCACCUCUUCUAAAUAAUCUCAAUUAAUCAAUAUCGAUCUUUAUUGAUUACCUAUUUAAGUGGUUAAUUAUGCACUGUGCAUCCCUUUAAUUAUUUGUGUGAUGUUUAAUUAUGAUGAAUACUUAGUUUGUGUCAGAUAAUUGAUGCAUGUUGAGUGUACAAGUAAGACUCUUUGUUUAAAGGGUAUUGUAUAUAUCCGGUUUUCUUUUAGCAUGUCAUGUAUUUCAUUGUUAAUCGUUUACUCGGUGUAA